AUGGAAAAUUAACUCUAAGAAGAAAUUAGUUUAGAAGAUAUUCGCAAAUAAAUUAAUGAAUAAUCUUUUCUAGGAAAAUUUAUCAUCUAAGAUGUUGAUGAUAAAACACAAAUCAUACCCUUUGUUUGCAUUAUUUACAAUAAUAAAUAUCCUGGAUUCUAUUUUGAAUCAAUUUACAAUCAUUUUAUAAGAUUCUCAAAUAAAGUUAGAUCCUCUUUAUGGUUAUCAUAUAAUGAUUAACCAAUUUAAUGGCAUCUUCCUUUUUUUGUUCAAAUAGAUAAAAUUAAUGAAGAAGUAGAAAUUGUUGUACAUUUUAAAAAAAGACCAGAAAAUGUGUUACCUAUAUCAGAGAACAUUUAAGUUGAUAUUAAGAAUAGAUAUUUUUGGAAUCUAAAAUAGGCAUGCAUGAUUAGAUAUGGUCAUAAAUGGGAAAAAUAAAUCUUUUAAACUAUUACUAUAGAAUAAUAAUAUAAAAUGUUCUAAAAUUAUUCUGAUCAUAAUUAUAGACCUUAAUUUUAUGAAUUCUUUGAUAAAAUCUGGGAUUUAAAUACUUUGAAAAAAGAAUAAUAAAUAAGUAUUCCAAUAAGAAUAUUUAUUGAUGGAAAUAUGAUUUAAAGAUCCCAUGUUUUAAAAGAUGUGAAAGAAACUCUAUUAAAUAUUAUAUAACCAAUUUUUGAAGAUGUAUAUUAUCAAAUAUUAUUUUAGAGUUUGAAUUAUAAUGAAUUAAAUAUCAAUGUAUUAGGUUUAUAAAUAAAUUUGGAUUUCCCAGUUAGAUUAUUAGUAUCAACAUUCAUAAAUCCAGAUGGAUUUUGUUAUAUUAUAAUAAAAUGA